AUGGCAUCUUACGAAUCUCUUGCUCCCGCGUCGACCGACGCGCGCGAUGCCAAGCUCGUCAUCCGCGAGGUGCUCCCCGGCAUGGUCACCUUCAGUUUGCCCUUUGUGAGCUUUGAGGCCGCUCGCCAAGCUAACGGACAGGAACGCUUCGGAUGGAUUCCCAUCGGAGGGCGCAGUACGGCCAUCAAGCUUCCCGAGGGUCUGUUCGUCUACGUCUCGCACCCCCUCACGACCGCGACGCAGGAGGCUCUGCAGAAGCUCGGCGGUCCCGUCAAAUGGCUCGUUACACCUGAUGGCGAGCACGGCAUGAACAUCAAGGCAUGGUCGGAGGCCUUCCCCGAUGCUAAGCCUAUCGGUGUUGAGCGCUUUGCCCGCGAGAAGCCCGACGUGAAGUGGGCUGGACUCUUUGGUGCCGGCGGCGAGAACAAGACGUACGGCUUCGAGAACGAGAUUAGUUUGCACAACGUGUCCGCGCACCGGAACGAUGAGCUCGUCGCUAUCCACCACCCGACAGGCACGCUGCUCGAGGCCGAUCUGCUCUUCAACCUGCCCCCGACGGAGCAGUACUCGCGCUCGCACAUUCCGGGUUGGUUUAGGGUCCUGCUCGGAAGUGGCUCCAGCAUGUCUCCAGGAGGCACGCUGCACCAGAAGCUUGCCGGAGGUCUGUUCGAGGACAAGGAGAAGGCGAAGCGCGAGAUGGCGCCUAUCUUCGAGGCCAAGUGGGACCGGAUCAUUCCCUGCCAUGGCGACGUGAUUGAGAGCGGGGGCAAGGCCAAGUGGAACGAGAUCUGGGGCAAAUAUGCCCCGUCUGUUUCCGUAGAGUAA